CCCGCCGCUUUGAGCACAACAAGAAGCGCGCCGAGCAGCACCGACGUGAGCAUACGUCUCCCUGCGCCACGCCCACCGGCUAACUCUGUGCAGUCGAGGAAAAGUACGGAAAAGGCAGGGCGUUGCAGAACGAAGAUGAGGACGACGACGACUCGGAGGAGGGCGUCGAGGAGGACGACGACGCCGAACUGCUCACCGAAGCGCUCGACGAGAAUCUCAUGGCCACGCUGCAGGCCCUCCGAUCAAAAGACCCCCGCAUCUACGACAAGGACGCCACCUUCUACGACGCCGACGACGCCACCUUCUACAACGACGACGCGCCCAAGAAGGAGGCAUCCAUGACGCUGCGCCAAUUCCACACCAAGAACCUGCUCGAGGGCAGACUCCCUGGGGACGACGAAGACGACGCGCCGCCCAGGACAUAUGCGCAGGAGCAAGAGGACAUACGGAAGAGUCUUGUCGACGCUGCCGCCGACGACGAAGACGACGAGUUCCUGGUCGCCAAGCACCAGCCCGGGCCCGCGCCGUCGAACAAGAACCGCAAGAAGCUCACCCACGAGGACGUGAUCAAAGCCGACCACGACCCGGAGCUCUUUUUGUCCAACUACAUGGAGUCGCGCGCCUGGAAGCCCGCCGACAAGACGCAGUUCCAGCCCCUCGAGUCCGACGACGACGAGGUGGACGCCGCCAUCGACGCGUACGAGCACGCAUACAACACCUACUUUGAGGACACAACCGGCACCAACGAGAAGCUCACCACCUACGCCCGCGACGCCGUCGCCGCCACAACCGUCCGCCGCGACGACGGCAACAGCAGGAAGAAAGCCCGCGACAUUGCGCGCGCCAAGCGCGAAGCCGAGCGCAAAGAACGCGAGGAGGACCUCGCCCGCCUGCGCAAGCUCAAGGUCGAGGAGAUGGAGGCCAAGGUCCAGCAGAUCCGCCAGAUUGGCGGCCUGAGCGGGCGCGACUUCAACAUGGACGACUGGAAGGACGUGCUCGAGGCAGACUGGUCAGACGACCAGUGGGACCGGGAGAUGGAGAAGCGCUUCGGCGAGUCGUACUACAACGACGCCGACGCCGCGCUCGACAGCGACGCCGCGCUCGAGAGCGAGGAGAGCGAGAAGAGCGAGAAGAGCAAGAAGAGCGAGAAGAGCAAGAAGAGCGAGAAGAGCAAGAAGAGCGAGAAGAGCAAGAAGAGCGAGAAGAGCAAGAGCAAGAAGAGCAAGAAGCCCAAGAAGCCCAAGUUCGACGACGACAUCGACAUCAAAGACCUGAUCCCCGACUUUACAGACGACGCCGCGGAGCCGCCCACGCUGUCCGACGACGAGGCCGCCGACGACGACGACACCGCAACAGCCACAUCCAGCAAAGCGCGGAAGCAAGCACGAGCCGACGCCAAAUCCGCCGCGCGCCGCGACCGCCGACUGAUUGAGAACCUGGUCUCCGAGAACCUCAAGUACGAAUCCGCACUGGCCGCAAAGCCCUCCAAAACACCCGCGCGCUUCCGCUACCGCGAAACCUCCCCAACCACCUUCGGCCUGACGGCGCGCGACAUCCUUCUCGCCUCGGACGCGGCACUAAACGACUUUGCGGGACUGAAGAAACUAGCGCCCUUUCGCGAGCCCGAGAAGAAGAAAAAGGACAAGAAGCACCUCAGCAAGAAGGCGCGGCUGCGGCAGUGGCGCCAGGAGACGUUUGGCGACGCGGACGGGCCCAAGGGCGGGUUUGAGACGCUGCUCGGCGGCCAGCAGGAGGAGCCUGAGAGGCAGCACAAGAAGCGCAGGGUUGAGGAGACGGCGGAUGGGGUGGUUGAGGCUGCGAGGAAGAAGCGCCGCUCACGGAAGAAGAAGAGCGCUGAUGAGGAGAUUUAGACGAGUGAUUCAUGUUCGGCGUUGCCAACGGCGGCGGGAGGGAUACAGUCACAGUGGAGCUCCAUUGCCGUUCUCUGCAGCAAUGCUACGCAACCGCAGCGUCCUAGUAGUCUACGUAGCUGCGUCACGCCCGUCUAGUUUGCGCAAUUCACUCUAACCUGCGGAGUGCUGUGUGUAGGGUUUAGUGAUGUGUGUAGGGUUUAGUGAUGUGUAUAGGGUUUAGUGAUGUGUGUAGGGUUUAGUGCUGUGUAGGAUUUGGUGCCAUGUAGGAUUAUUGCCUUUCUAGUAUGACGCUGUUGGGAAUAGUAAAAGUCGCAUUCUACCCAGCACGC